CAUCGAUGUGCGUUUAAAUAUAUACCUAUAAAAAUAUAUGUGUAUAUAUAAAAGUUAAAUGGAAGAUUUUUGAUAUCAUGCAUUGUUUAUUGUACAAAUAUUGUAAUAUUACUAUAGAACAAUUCCAGUAUAUCUCUCAAAAACACUUGCAGAUAAAUUAUUUGUUUUUCAAUACCCCGUUCGUCCUUCUGGAGAAGGUUAUGACAAUGCUAAUUUCUUAAAAAGUUCAAUAAAACCAGAGAAUCAGGAAGUUCGCAUAGAAGUAUCAAUUGAUAUACAUAAUGUCAAUUAUGAUAAAAGUAAGGGCGAACAAAUUGCAAUUAAUGCUGAUGGCGAUGGAAACACUAGUCAAGAAGAUGAUGAAAAGGCAUUUGAUAGUAAUAUUAUGGAUAAAGUAGUAUUACAAUCUUCUCGCGUAUUGCCAAAUUGCUCCAAUUAUGGAGUUGGCAUAUUUCAAGAUGGGGAGUUACAUAUAACACCACUAAAGGGAAUUAUUCAGUUACGUCCAGGGUUCGAUUAUUUAGAUAAGAGUGAUAAACGUUUAAGAGAUGAAGCUAAAAAUAUGGGUGAAGAUUAUGAUGAGGAAGAUGAAGGUCCAAAACAAGUUAAUGUAACUUUUGCUAGACAGAAGCCUGAAUAUAUGAAAAAGAUGCAAGAACAAUCUUUUCAGCAUCAUACUAAAAAAAGUUUAGAAGAAAGAUGGAUUCAUACAAAUUAUGUCCCAGCAAAUGGUUCUCAAGCAGAGCUUACUCGUUUAGAAAUGUUUUGUUCUGCUACUGAUGAAACUAUAAAUACAUUAAAUAUAUCAACAAAACAAUAUUUAGAUUUAUUAGUACCAAAAAUAAAAGAAGAAUCAGUAUCAGAUUUUGCCAACUCCACUUCAUCUCUCAAUUAUAUUAGGAGUUUACCUCUUCUUGAUCAAGUUAAAACAUUCAUGAAAGAUGCCAAAGUAAUGUCCUUUGCGCAAUUGAGAUCAAUUUUAUCACCAGAUCAAGAAGUAGCAGCUAUUUUAAAAUAUUUGCAACAAGUAGCAAUUUUAGUACAGGGAAAUUGGGUUGUAAGUAGUGAACUUCUAUACCCAAAAGAUACAGUAUCAUCACAUAAUGGUAUUCCUGCUGAACUUAUGUGCAGAGCUAGGGAUUAUGUUUUGUUAUCAUUCACAGAACAUGAAUUCCUAGAUCGAAAAACAAUUUCAUCUGUUAUUAAGUUGCCUCCUGAUGAAAUUAAAGAAAUCUUCACAAAUUUAGCAGUAUAUGAAACACAAAAAGGAUGGCGUUUAGUCAUUCCACCUACUAAAGAAUUUACUGAAAGAUAUCCUGAAAUUGCACAAAGACAAGAAAUAUUUUGGGAGGCAAAACGGAAACAUCUUCGCGAAGCUAUGGAAGUUCAUAAUCAAAUUCCACAACGUCAAAGGCGGAAAUCAAACAGAGAAUCUGUUGGAUCUGAAAAUGAAGAGAGAAACGUGGGACGCGGAAGAAAAACAUUAAGAGAUUCUUCAAUGUCUGAUAAUGAUAGUGUAAUAGAACCUGUGAAACAUAAAAAAACUAUUCGAUCCCGCAAAGUAUCCGAAACCACGUGACCAAAGUUGUGAUGUGUGAUUAAUAUUGUAUAAUACUGUUGAUUGCAGAACGUUCAUCUGAAUCAUGUUAUUACAACAUAUUUCUUUAGAUUCACUGCCCAAAUUUUAUUUUCUAGUCUCAAUUGACAACAAUUGACAAUACAGAGUCCAAGAAUAUAACUAUAACUUGUAAAGAAAAAUUAUACACUUUGUUGUUUCAUUUAAAAUGUAUAUCUUUGGUUUCUGUAUGGCGAUUUGUUGGCAACUGUUACAUUGUGAAAUACUAAUGUGGUAUCAUAGCAAGAUUGUAAAGAUAUUUAUUUAUUUCCAAUAGUUUCAACACAUCGUUGAUCAAUGAAAUUGUCUGAGAAAUGAUUGAUGUUACGUCCCAGGUGGAAUUUAUAGAGUAUCAGGUAUCCCCCUGAGGCUCCAGAGGGAUCAUGUCAAUAGAGAAAAGUGAGAUUAAAGGAGUGUAUGUUUUGUCUCGAUAUCGCCAGCCUUCUACCUUAGAAGCUUGGGUGAGAUCUCCAAGACUGGCACUGGAGCAGCACCCAUUCUAGAAAGUUGGUCCGCAAAUUGUACGCUUAUCUAACGAUCGUCAUCGAUCCAUCGGUUAGCUGCAACCUGUUGAAGAUAGCGAGGAUUCGACAUCAGGUGGAGCAAUUAUCUCCAUUCUGACUGGAAAAGAGCAACUUAAGAUUGCAAUGAGACAGUAGAAAUUGAAUCGCGAAAGACGUCGGAACGCUAGAACGCCUUGACAUCACAACUGAUAUUUUUUAUUUUAUCAAAAAUAUUUUUACGAAUAAAGAAUAUGAUAAGAAAUAUUAUUAUGAAUAAUAUUAGAUAAACAUCUAAAUAUAUAAUAUCAAUUGAAUGAAAUAUGUACUCUAUUUAUUAUUAUAACAUUCAAUAUGUACAUAUUUGUAGUUAGAAAAACAUAUUCAUGAAUUUCUCGUCUGUCCUAUCUAUUUUAGUUUACUAUUUAGGCAAUAUUGUACAAAAUAUUAAUUUUUUU